AUGGACGACUCCUUCCUCCCAAAGCGUCUUAUAGGCUUCCAGGACUUGCCGAACGUACCAGACUCGGAGGAGCCAUCGCUUCCCGGGUCGAACGCCCCAAGCCUGUUGCCACCCACUGGAACGCACAGUGGGGUGCUUACCGGAUGCCUGAAGCCCCCCUCGGCCGAGCCCCGACCUCCGUCUUCCCUGGGUCCACAAACCCUCGGCCCGGCGCCCACGAGCGAUGUGGGGCCCUCCGUCUCCGGAGAUUUCCGGAACGUGCUGGAAAAGGUGGUCCAGCAGCAUCUGCAAGAUAUGGCGGACCUCGAGAACAGGGUGCGGAUGGCCAUGGAAGUGGAGCAUCACCGGUCUCUCUCCUCGGAGUCCAACGACGAUGACAACGAGGGGCUCAAGAGCCCGGAGGGACUGAGUACACCCUCUGCCGCCGUGCGGCCGCGGAGGAUGUCCACAGGGAUGAUGGUUGACGAUCUGCCCACUCGUGAAAGCAGCAAGAAAAGCAAGCUGGGCCGAUCAGCGACGACCGCCCUCUUCGCUCAGAUGAAGAAGCCCCGACAGCAGUUGCAGGCCAGUGAGGUCCUGGAUGCUUGGGAGCAUCAGGAGGCGAAGGUGGAGGAGCUCUUCAAGGUAGAUCCCCUGCAAGAGCCCGAGGUCAUCCACGACAACUUCAUGAUCGUCAAAGAGACGGAGACAGCCGACAGGCUAAUCGACCCGACGCGCCUGCAGAGGUUUCAGGUGUUUCUGCAAUCCAGCAAGUUCGACAUGGUGAUCGCGACCGUGGUCUUCGUGAACGUUCUCUGGAUGGCACUGAAGCUCCAGGUGGACGGUUCAAUCUCUGGCUGGCAGAUCGGUAUCUUCAAACGGCCCCUGCUGGACCCCCAACAAGGGGGUGAGUGGUGGCUGACCUUUACCCAGGUCGGCGAUGUCAUCUUCACAGGCCUCUUCUUUAUGGAUGUUGGCAUCCGCAUCGCUGUGCUCGGGCUGGCGUUCUGGAAGGUUUGGUUGAACUACGUCGACGUCCUGGUGACGAUUGUCUCCUUGAUGGAGGUGAUGACGUACUACGCGGUGCCCUUUCCGAUCAACCCGGCACUCUUCCGGCUGCUGCGCAUCGGCAAGCUCGCGCGGGCGCUGCGCAUGCUGCCCGUGACCAACGCGCUGGCGUCCCUGCAGCUCCUUGUGAAGGGUCUUUCUGCCAGCAGGGGUAUGCUCUUCUGGAGCUUCUGCCUGCUGACCUUCCUGCAGUGUGUUGCUGGUAUGGUCGUCUCUACGCUGGUCCGCGAUUUCAUUACGGACGACACCCAUCCCGAUUUCAACCGCGAGGAGGUCUUCCGCUACUACGGUACCUUCACACGGACCUUCCUCAGCAUGUUUGAAAUAUUGUUUGCGAACUGGGGACCUCCCUGUCGCGUUCUCGUGGAGUACGUUGGCGAGUAUUACUCGAUCUUCUUCCUGCUGUACCGCUGCGUCUUGGGCUUCGCCGUCAUCAAUGUGGUCAACGCCAUCUUCGUGCAACAGACCCUGAAGACAGCCAGCUCCGACGACGAGCUGGCUUUCAAGAACAAGGAGAAGGAUAUUGCCCUGUACGCGAACAAGGUGAAGAAGCUGUUCCAGACCAUGGACUUCUCGGGCGACGGUGCGAUCAACCUGGAGGAGUUCUCCAAGCUCGUCAAGUCCCCGAAGCUGAAGUUCUGGAUGAGCCAGCUGGAGCUCGAGUAUCACGAUCUGCUCAGCCUCUUCGAGUUCUUGGACAAUGGGGACGGCGAAAUUACGCUGACCGAAUUCAUCGAGGGUGCCGCUCGCCUCCGGGGUGGCGCGAAGGCCCUGGACAUCUGGCGAAUGGAGACGAAGCUGGAGGUCCUCUUCGAGGAGGUGCUCACGAUCUUGAACUUCAUCAAAGGAGGUGCAAUGGUUCCGAACGACCCCUCCAUAUCGGUGGUGCAGGACGUCUUCAACAACUCCUUGUUUAAGCACAUCCAGAGCACAGCUCGGGGUCGACAGCGCUCUGCGGAAUAA